AGAGCCUUUCUUUUUCCUUCUACACUAACUGUUAAUACUACCUGUUUAUACUACUAUUACUUUUCUCUAUCCUUCUCUUAAUACUCUAAUACUAUAUGCCACUACCAACAGACAGCAAUAACAGCCCAUUGCUUGCAAGGCUGAAUGCCUUUAUUACACAUUCCCUACAGCCACACCAGAAAUUCGCUGUAUCAUUCUAUAUCCUCACCGUCUUUAUGUCAUAUCUAUACUCUUUACUCGGCCGAGCACCCGUCAGCUAUUUCACCAACAAACGCAAUUUAUUCAAUGUUCUUUUUGUCAAACUCGGAUGGUUUUGGACAACGGUGGUGUACAUGCUCUUCUUGUACUUUGUGCAAUCUCGCAAACAAUCGUAUGAGCGCGGAUUAGCGCGCUACGUCAUGAUCAGCGCAUACUGGUAUAUUAUGACGCAAUGGCUGCUUGGUCCAAGCUUUAUCGAACGUGUGUUUGUGGCUACAGGCGGACAGUGUACUGGCGGUACGGGUGGCGAUAUGCUGCUCAGUGUAUAUCAGCAAGCAGCAUGUAAACGGGCCGGUGGCAAGUGGGGUGGUGGACACGACGUAUCCGGCCACUGUGUCUUGUUGAUCCUUUCAAGUCUGUUUUUGUGGGAGGAGGCCAUCGCUUGGGCAUUUUAUUCAAUUCCGACCGUUCAACGGAUACGACAACAGAACGGUUGGCCUUGGUUGUCAGUCAAGGCGGUGUUUGGCCUUUUGAUCUUGUGGUGGUGGAUGUUGAUCGUUACUAGCGUCUACUUUCACGGUCAUUUCGAACUUGUCUCUGGCUGUUUCUUUGGUGUACUGGGUUGGGCUAUUGUGUACGUCGGUAUUCUGCCUCGUCUCCCUCAAAUCGGUUUUCCUCCUCUUCAAUUAUAAACAACCAUCAUGCACGUUUUCGAAAAGAAAUUGCUUUUUGUAUAAUAGACAUUUCAUAUAUAUCUAAUCCACAUUGUUAUUCUUGGCUUUUUUUUGUUGCUGCUGGUCCCCUGUAUUACAUUUGUCAUCCUUAUAAUGAAUAGCAUAAAAAUCAAUGUAGUGGAGACCAUCUCCAUCUGCUGCUUUUCUUCCAUCUUCUUCCUGAUUACUACUCCUCCUCAUCGCCCUUUUUCAGAUUACCCAUGUUUGUGGCCUCAAUAGGUGAUCUGUAAGAAAAAAGAUCCGAUUAAUCAACUGCACUUGUAUUUCUUUUACUUUAGUCUUCCAGAAACUGCCAGAUUAGUUAAAAACUUCUUAUUUACCCAAUAAAGACAAUUUGCUGAAU